AUGGCGCUUCCCUCCACAUUCCACGAACGACUUCAAGACAUGGAGAACACUAGAAACCAGCGUCUGUCUCUGCUUCAGGCUGAGAAAGAGUUGCAGGCCAGGAAGUCACAGGUUCUUGCUUCAAGACUAGCAAAUAUCAGGUCCAUGGAGCAGAGGUGCUUCCUGCUCGAUAAUAAAGUAUCAUUGAGGAAAUAUAAGAUUCUGGCUCUCAAGUCCGAAAUUGAGAACCUUGAAGGGAAAUUGGAAACUGGAGCUUUUGAGAUGAGGUCUUUGCAGAGUGAAAUAGAGGAGCUCGAGGAAUUGGAGAGGAACAAAGAUAGCUUUUAUGAAACGAAGAGAAUAGAAAUGAAGGAAUUCAAGGACAAUGCGGGGAGAUUUGUGGUGGAAUGUCGAACAGAAGUUGAGAAUUUGAGACAGAGAGUAAAUGAGCUGAGGUCAUCUUUCUUGGAACUUAAGAGGAACAACAGAAAUUCAUGUGAUUCUGAGAUAACUGCUGCUGAAAUGAGAAAGUCAGAACUCGUAGCUGCAAAGGAAAAUUUGGAUAGGAGAUUGGCUUCUAAUUACCAGAUCAAAGCACAGCUCCAAAAACAGCUUCAGAACAUUCUGGUGACCCAAGCUCAAGAGAGAAGCAAACCAUCUCAGCCUAUUGGUGGUCGGAAGGCAAGUCAAUAAACAAAAUUUUGAUCGAGGCUUGCAAAGCAAUGACUAUUGCUUAAAAAUAUAUUUG